CUUCCGUUUGAUGGUUCUCCGAUCUCUGUGAAUCUCAUUCUCGAGAGUGGACCUACAUGUAUGGCGUACUUCUCGAAGAAACCCGCGUCGACCGUCGCGAGGCAAAUGACGACGAUCACUCUCGGACCCUUCCGUGGGCCCGAGCUGAAACGCGUCUUCCAGGCAUUGGCUUUCCCACCUGCAUGCUUUGAAUAAAUGUAUGAAGGGUUAUUAUUAUUAUUGCUGGUUCAUACGAAGGGCGUGAUUCCCCGAAAAGACGACAGUAUUUACGUUGAUCGACUAGAUUGUCCACGCUAGUAGAGCUUCGGUGCGUCAUCACCCGGAGAGCAAUGCGGUGGUUUGACAGCAUGGCCGGCCAAACCGACAGUGGUAAUUCUCCAGCAGAGGAUGACGACCUUCUAGACGACGAUUUUUACGGCAACGAAGCCAGCUCCAUCGGAACAGCCAGUGGGAACGACACGACAAAUGUCGCCGCACCUGCACCCAUCGCACCUGUAACGAGCAACCAGUUGCGAGCUCAGGAACUAAGAGCCAAGCUCAUCGCCAAACGCCAAAGCACGCCGAUCAAAUCCUCCUCACGAGCAGCUACACCAUCGGCGUUGGCAACGACAGGUUCUGCAGCACGAACAACGACCACAGCGCCGAUCCAAAAAUUGCCCGAGUACAGCAGAGUAGAGGGCAGUUUCAGAGAGAAACGCUUCCUCCCGGCCUCACAGGACGAAGAGCGGGAUAACGUGGCAGCAUUGAUAGCAGAGGGCGAGGCACUGGCCGCAGCGGAGGCUGGUCGCGAAUCUUCCAGCACACAUACGCCUAUCAACCGGCAGGCAUACGCAGGCAAGACUCUAGAAGACCUCCUGGGUGGUAGCUCCAGCUCGGCCAACGCAACACCGUCGAGGUCCAUCGAGGUUCCGCCACGAGACGAGCGUACCACCACCGGACCCACCCACCCUACUGACCUCACAGAUUCGUAUUAUGAUGACCUCUCCGCCUGGCUGGAAUUGACCAAUUACCACGACGUCGCCACCCGUAAAGCGCUCCUCCAGCCCUUCCUAGAACAGCGGGAAUUGGAGGAGGAGGCGGCUCGCAUCGCCGAGCGCAUCGCGAAGCUGAAUAGGGUGCAACAGGAGAGCGCCCAGACGUUCCGGUUCGGCACACCGACUGCAGGUAGAGCAAGUGUGCCGCCGCCGUUACCUACCUCGCUGCCGCGGUCCAAUGGGCUCAAACGCGAGCGCUCUCCGGAGCCCUCCUCGUCGUCGGUGGGGAAGAGCAGUCGUCGUGAUGUCGGUAGUCAACAUGCACGGAACAACCACUGAUCACAGGCGAUCGAUGGGCACAUCGUAGUGACGACAAAAUUUGAUCGGGUCUUCCAACUUGGUCUUCGGAGACUUGGCACUGUCGACACCAUCGGCAAUCCUGUUGCUGCUGAUCUGAUGAAUAAAUCAAACCUCGUCUGGGAUCGUAGAAUUUGUCAAAACCGAAAAGUCUUGGUGACAUGUCGACCUUGUUAUAGACUCAUGCAUUUGUCCCACAUCAUACUGUAUCACCAUCGAAGCUGGGCCUUGGGUUUAAAAGUCUAAGCUCAUAUAGUCCAUGUCGCAUUUAACCUGCACGGAGGCGUAAAGUCAUCGUGCAUGCUGAGGAGAGGGCAGACGAUAUUUUCUCAAACUAAUGAGCGAUUUAUUUUUCGAUCACAAUGCAAAUUCUAUCAUA